UAUUAUUAGUCUCCAGAGUAAAACGUUUUCAAAACCCUCGCUCGCCAAACCUUCUUGUUUCCCUCUCUGUCUUUCUCUCUCUGUUUCGGCCAUUUUCGCGGUAUUUUUUUUGAGGGAUGCAAAGCUGCGCGAACGCUUUGUUUCGACCUCAAAGAUCUUUUUGUUGGUUCCGUCUCCUGCUCUCAUCUCGUUCAAUAGUCGUCUGAGGGUUUAUUUUCUUGUUUCUAACUAUUAUCUUCCCCGUUUCUUCUAUCCCCUUUUACUCCGGACGGAGAUGAACUCCGGUUCGCGGCUCGACGGUGGAACACAAAUUUUAUCUGCUCGUGUCCGAAAAACCAUCCAAUCCAUAAAAGAAAUCGUCCAGAAUCAUUCCGACGCUGAUAUUUAUGUGAUGCUCAAGGAGAGUAACAUGGAUCCUAACGAGACGGCGCAGAAAUUAUUAAAUCAAGAUCCAUUUCAUGAGGUGAAGAGGAAAAGGGACAAGAAGAAAGAGAAUAUAAAUUACAGAGGGUCUAUAGAUCCUAAAAGACAGUCUGAGCAUUUAGGACAAGCUGCAAAAUCUCAUACAUUUUCAGACCGUAAUGCUCGACGAGGAGGUUAUGUCCGGAAUGUGUUACCUGAUGCAGGAAUUAGCAGAGAGUUUCGUGUUGUGAGAGAUAACAGAGUUGGUCAAAAUUCAAGUAAGGAAAUAAAACCUGCAUCAGUUCAGUGUUCAACCUCUGCUAACGAGCAAACAUUUUCUGAUGUUUCUGAGAAAAGCUCAACAGGUAAUCCAUCUGAUCAAAAGAACCUGGGUGCCAGAAACUCAGAGGUGCCGAAGUUACCUCAGACUUUAAAUGGGUCUACUAAUUCUGGUGCCAGACACCCUCGAGAGACUAAUUCCAAUGGCAGUCAUAGGAAAGAGUUACCGGAUGAGCCUCGGGUUACAGAACUGAACUCAGCUUUGCAGGUGCAAGGACAGAAGGCACACAAUUCACAGCUAUAUUCUUCAACGUUAACAUCAAGGAAUUCUGUGGUUGGGGUUUAUUCCUCCUCUUCAGACCCUGUUCAUGUCCCAUCACCUGAUUCUAGGUCAUCUAUUAAUGUUGGGGCUAUCAAGCGUGAAGUUGGGGUGGUGGGUCGCAAACAAUCUUCUGAAAAUUCUGCUAAACAGGCAUUGGUUCCAAGCGGUUCUUUCUCAAAUUCACUCUUGGGGAAGGAUGGUUCUACAACAGAGUCAUUUCGACCCUCAAUCACAAAGAGUGAUCAACCCAUUUCAACAGCUGUUCAUGAAUCUGUUAGCAUGCCUGUUAGUAGAUCUUUUCUGAACAACCAGUAUCAUGGCAAGCCACAUCAACAACUUAACCAUCAGAAAGCUUCUCAGUCAAAUAUGGAGUGGAAACCAAAGUUGAGUCAGAAGUCCAACAAUAUCAGCCAUGGAGUAAUUGGACCGGUUGCAACCUCAACUCCUAUGGAUAAUUCUUUGGAUUUGAAAUCAGAAGCUGCAGACUUGCAGGAAAAGAUUUCAAAAGUGAAAAUUUUUGAGAAUCAGCAUGUAUUUAUACCACAGCAUCUUCGAGUUCCUGAGGCUGACCGCACUCAGCUGACCUUUGGCAGCUUUGCAUCAGGAUUUGACUCUACCAAGAGCCUUGCACCUGAAUGUCAAGCAGUUGGGAGUGCAGAAGAAUCAAAGGGCGAACCUUCUGCAAGUGCAUCGGCUUCAGCUCUGUCUGCCUCGAGUGAAGAUGCUUCUGGUAGUAACCAGUUUGAUUUGUUAGAUGAUAAAGUUAGAAAUUCUGAAUCCAAUUCUCCAGCAUCAGCUGUAGCUUCUGAAAAUCCAUUGCCUGAAAAAAGAGAGUCUUCAAGUCCCCAGAAUUUGGAGAACUAUGCAGAUAUUGGAUUGGCUCGGAAUGACAACCCACCAUUCACUUCUGGGGAGCCACAGCAGCAGCAAGAUCCUCCUGGUUUACCAAGUUUCUCAGCGUAUGAUCCCCAGACCGGCUAUGAUGUAGCAUUUUUCAGACCCUCAAUGGAUGAAAAUGUACAAGGACAGGGUUUAUCCUCCCCCCAGGAGGCUUUGAUCUCACACACAGCAAACAGUAUCCCAGCAUCCACAGUGGCAAUGUUGCAACAGCCGGUAGCACAGCUGUAUCCUCAAGUUCAUGUCUCUCACUACCCAAAUUUUGUGCCAUUUCGCCAGUUCCUCUCUCCAGUAUAUGUACCACCAAUGGCUGUGCCUGGUUAUUCUAGUAACCCUUCCUAUCCCCACCCAUCAAAUGGCAGCAACUACCUACUGAUGCCAGGAGGUAGCUCACAUCUCACUGCAGGGGGCCUCAAGUAUGGAAAUCAGCAGUAUAAGUCCAUACCUGUGGGCAGUCCUACAGGGUUUGGUAAUUAUACCAGUCUAACUGGAUACACUAUCAAUGCUCCAGGAGCAAUUGGUGGUGCAACAGGGCUUGAGGAUUCAACCAGGAUCAAGUUCAAAGAGGGCAAUCUUUAUGUUCCAAAUCCUCAGGCCGAGACAUCAGAAAUCUGGAUUCAGACCCCAAGGGAGAUUCCUGGCAUGCAAUCAUCUCCAUUUUAUAACAUGCAAGGACAAGCACCUCAUGCAGCAUACUUGCCAUCGCACACAGGACAUGCUUCCUUCAAUGCAGCAACGGCACAGUCAACUCAUAUGCAGUUCCCCGGUUUGUAUCAUCCCACUCCACAGCCAGCGGCGGUUGCCAAUCCUCAUCAUAUAGUCCCUGGCAUAGGCAGUAAUGUGGGUGUUGCUGCAGCAUCACCUGGGGCUCAGGUUGGUGCGUAUCAGCAACCUCAACUUGGUCACAUUAAUUGGACCACAAACUUCUGAAAGGAAAUGGCUAUUCAAUCCCUUGUUAACAAGUGAUCAAGGUUAGUUAUAGUCCUAUUUUUCUAUGUGAAAUUAAAAGGAUCCAUUGUCUUCUUUUUUUCUAUUUAAUGCAAGUUGUGUUUAUUAAGCAAUACCCUCUGUCGUAUUCGUAUAAUAUCCAUUUUUACUCAAAUCA